AUGCAGUCUUCGGAACAAAAUAAGACUGAAAGUUCCGAUAAUGCUGGAAUUGCAGUGGCAGGCUCCGAAGGUAUCACCUCCGAAAUUCCCGCGGUGGAGUCUGUAGAGCCGAUAACUUCAUUGAGUGAAGCGGCCUCUGGUACGCAGAUAGAAAGCGAUAUCAUUGAAACACAGGAGAUCACAGAGUCUGCCAAAGCCCGAUUCGCGAUUAUUUCUGAAAAUCUCGAGGAGAAAUCUCAACAUCAGAAUAACGAAGAUGAGGAACAGAAAACAGAAAUAACCCAUUACUCCUCUGACGAAUUUGAGGUUGGAGAGCUCAGUUCAGACUCUGAGAAGUCAGAUGACAGUGAUAGUGAUAGCGAUACAUCCUCUUCUGAUGAAUCUUCAGAGGAAGAAAUAGAUGAUGAUGAUGACAUGCAGGGUGCUGGUGACUCUGGUGAAGAAUUGGAGGACGCCGGAGAUGAGGUCAACGAUGGCCCUAUCAUAUCCAAGAACGAGGUUGUGGAUGAGGCUGCACCCACCUUGCCUGAAGACUUCAAAAUCGACUCUACUACUCCACUUGAAUAUGUGGGCAAUAUUUCUGCUGUUGUUGAACAAAAUGUGAUAAUCAAGGCUAACGGGUCGGGUGAGUUCCGUGUUUUGAAAGAGAACUCCAUUCUGUGCCUGGAAGAUCGGUCUCCACUGGGUAUGGUGUUCGAAGUAUUUGGAAGAUUGCAAUCGCCUUUGUAUAGAGUGAAGUUCAACUCGGAUGCAGAUGCAUUGAAAUAUAAAGAGAGAAAAGGCUCCAAGGUGUUUUAUGUUAUUCCAAAUUCGGAGUUCAUUCUGACUGACAGCAUCAAAGGUAUAAAGGGUACAGACGCUAGCAAUUGUCAUGACGAGGAACUUCCCGAGGACGAACAAGAGUUUUCAGACGACGAGAAAGAGCAAGCUUCGAAACAGCAAAAGAAGAAGAAAAAUAAGAGCAAGAAGCCAAAGACAAAAGCCAUGGGUGAAAGACCUGCUUCCCACAAUCUGCCAUCUGAUCCAUACCGCUCUCAAUACGUUUCGCUUCCAAAUCCUGGAUCUAGUCUGCCCCAAGCAAGAACAGAACCCAUAAACAACCAGCAGGUCCAUCAACAAAUGCUAAUGUUUCAACGACUUCCUCAAAACCAACCGCUGCCUCCUUUCAACAACAUGCAGGGCAACAUGCAGGGCAACCUGCUGGGUAACAUGGAGAGUUUUCCACCUUAUAACUCACAGAAAAUCUACCCAAAUGUGCAAAACGUGAAUCCCGUUCAGCAGGCAUCGUUGAUGAACCAAAUAAGUCAAUUGAACCCACAACAGUUGAACGUUUUAGCUCAAUUGAGUACCCAGUUCUCGUCACAGCAGGGAGCACCAAUGCCAAUGCAGAAUCAAAAUCAAAAUCAGGUAUAUCCAGGUUUCAACCCCCAGUUGGGUGUUCCUCAAUAUGGCCAGAAUAAUUAUGGUCAGAGUUAUUCUCAGCCUCAGUUCCAAGGAUCACAGCCUCAACCUGGUGCACCUGGUCAGCAAGGUCCACAAGGUCAGCCUGGCCAACCUGGUGCUCAAUUCCAUUCACCAGACUCCAACCAGUACAGCUACCCCCAUCAACAACAGUAUUAUCCAUUUAAUGGCAAUCAGAGGGGACCGGGACCUAAUUAA